AUGUCUUCCUCCUCCUUCCUGCUCCUCUUCCUCCUGCUCCCCCCCUCCCUGGCCUGCCGGACCAGCUCCUUCACUGAGUGCCAGCAGGUUCCCUUCGUCCCGGGUCACAAUCUGGUCGGCGAAGGUUUUGACAUGAUAAAGAUGAAGAUGACCGGAGCCAGUGUGGUGGAGAUGAAGAACUUCAUGUUGGGAGGAGUCGAGGGGAACUGCACCGUGUGCGACAACCACCUCCUCAACCAGACGCAGAAACUCCCGGUGUCAGUCGUUGACUGGAGGAUUAAGGUGCAGUGUCGGCGCAGUCUGAGCAGUAAGAUGUUUGAGUCAAGUCAGUCGCUGAUGAGAGAGACGAGCUCAUCCCUGGGCGUCAGCUGGAAGGUUGGCCUCAGCGUUGCCGGACUGGGCGGUUUUGCCGUCGGAGGAUCACACUCCACCUCAUCGAAAUUUGCAGAGAGUCGCAGCAGGAAAGACAAAUUCUCCUACACCACACACGACCUCUCAUGCAAAUACUACACCUUCCGUCUUCACUCCCGUCCUCUGCUGAGCAAGGAGUUUGAGGUUUCCUUGAAGAACCUUCCCUCCACAUACGACCUCAAGAACACCUCAGCCUUCCAGCAGUUCAUCUCUGUCUACGGGACCCACUUCAUCCGCAGGGUUCACCUGGGGGGUCGAGUGCACUCCAUCACAGCCAUCCGGACUUGCGAGGCCUCCAUGAGCAAGAUGUCUGUCCACGCAAUCAGCAACUGUCUGUCAGUCGAGGCCAGUGGAACCAUAAAGGGCAUCACUGCCAAAGCCAGCACAGAGUUCUGCAAAAAAAAGAGCAAGAGUCUUAAAACCGGUGCAACAUUCAGUCAGGCCUUCUCUGACCGGACCACAGAGGUUUUGGGAGGAGAUGGGGAUGUGGGGGACAUCCUGUUCACCCCCAAUGGAGCCGCAGGCUACAAGAAGUGGCUCUCUUCCCUUAGGAGGGUCCCAGGUGUGGUGUCGUACAAGAUAAGUCCCCUGCACCUGCUGGUGUCAGAUAACCCCACACUGAAGUCCAGCCUCCGAGAUGCCAUCAGCAACUACAUCCGCAAAAGUGCAAAGAAGCUGAGCUGCCCCGCCGGCUGCAAGGUCGGCAAACAGAACAAGAACUGUGCCUGUCACUGCCAAGGACACCGCAUGGUCGACUCCAAUUGCUGCCCCGCAGAGAAAGGCGUGGCCCGGCUGAAUGUGACGGUGGUCCGAGCCGAGGGGCUGUGGGGUGACUACUUCAGCAAGACGGACGGAUACGUUAAAGUGUUCUACGGUAAGCAAGGAGCCACAACACCGGUGAUCUGGAACAACGACUUCCCCCAGUGGAACUACCUCAUUAGGUUUCAAACCGUUAACCUACACCACCGAGUACCUGUGGUUUUUGAGGUCUGGGACCGAGACAAUGGUUGGAAUGACGACCUCCUGGGGAAGGUGACCGUCAUCCCCUCUAGCGGUUGCAACGUCGUCAAACGCUUCAAGUUGAAGCACGGCUCGCUGUUCAUCAGAUUUUCUGCAGUGUGUGCUCCCAGCCUCCAGGGGUCGCUGUGUGAGCAGUACGCCGCCUCGCCAAGCUAUGGGGUGUAAAUUUCUUUUGAA